CAGCAGAAAACAAACGGCUGGAAAAUGGAGCACAGCAGCUUGCUGAUAAACGUGCAGCCCUUGAAGAUCUGGAAGAGGAGCUCCCACUGCACGUGCUUCAAAACAAUGACACUGAAAUUGAUGGGCAAUUCCAAGAGUUAGCAAAUGAUGCCUUUACACUCCGUGCUGAAAUCCAGGAGUUGGAACAUGACGCUGAUAAGGCGGAGCUAGAGUACGCCUCGGGGCCUGUUGCAAGCACCCUGGACAAGGUUUUGUCAACAUUCAAAGUUCAGCGCCAGGCCUAUCAUGGCAAAUCAUUUGUUGGCAAUCACGUGCACAGAUGUUGCAAGCCCGAGGUCAUUGAAAUGUUGACAAGUAUGCCAAAGCAGCAGGUCGAGAAGCACAUCACUGAUGACAUCCCCCUGGCUGCACAGGAACGACUGCGACGUCAAGCAGCAACUACAGGACACAACUUUAAGGAAGUGUUCUUGAAGUUUGCUGAUGCUCACCGAGGCAUGAACCAUUCCAAUCAGAUGACCACUGGAGACAUUUGUCGACUGGAUGUGUGUAUCAAGGAAUUCAUGCGGUCCUAUCGCGAAAUGUUUCCAUCCCAAAAUGUCACGCCAAAACUACAUCUACUUGAGUGCCAUGUUGUGCCGCAAAUCUCCAGGUUCAGGGUUGGCUUGGGGAUGCUGAAUGAGCAAGGAGGAGAGCUGCUACACACAGAAUUGAAUAGAACGGGACGAAUUGUACAUGGCAUCCGGGACGAUCUCCAGAAACUGCUCUCUAUAAUGAAGCGACAUCACACCAGCACCACUCCGGAGAUUCGGGCCAGCGUCCUGAAGACCUGCAAACGGAAGUCCAAAAAAGGGGAAGAAUGAAAAAAAAAAAUCAGUGCAAGUUACACUUUUGUCGACCUGGCCCAGAAAAAAAUAGUAACGUUUCUACAAUCUGUAUUUUAGGGAACAGAAACAAAGUCAUAACUUACGAAAACUAAAUUGAUCGCAAAUGAGCAUGCAGUACACAUAUUUCACACACACAUGUGUUUUGAGUGUGUAUACAUGUGUACGUAUUAAGUAUUAAUAGUGUACAGCACAAUGUCUUUUCUAAAAUGAAAGGGAAGUCAGAAUUUGUUACCAGGUGUGAUGAUGAAGUCCCAGGUGAGGCCCUCAGUAGUCCCUCAGCAAUAAGAAGUUAUAAUGUACCGCAAACAAACUUGAAUAAAAAAGAAUACAAUGUACAUUCCAUUUAAUAGCUUUAUAAAUGUAUACAUAUUUACUAUUUGCUUGUGGAUGAUGGAUUGAUGGAUAAUCAGAUAGUGCAGUCUUUGUGGAUUCAACACGGAGCUGAUACAGUGUAAAUUCCAAGACUGUACACGUGCAUAGAUGAAUAUUUUACACUGUUGUAUAUGUAUAGCGGAAUAAUGAAUGACUGUCAUAUUACUUGACUUUGAAAGACAUUCAUGACUUAAUGUAGUUUUCAUCAUUUUGUCACAUGAUACAUCAUUUUUUGGUUUCUGUGUCCUGAACAAUAUUUUAUGCUGGUCUUUGACAAAUUAGGCCCUACAUCAGUACAUGUAAACUGUUAUUGUUAAUUAAACGUAAACCAUGCCUUUCAUUGCAUUGAGUUUUAACAUUAAUCUGACCAGAAAAAAAAUACGUAGACCUACAAAACAACAUGUAGCUCUCCCAUUGACCAUGUGAAAGUAUAGGCUACAAACAAACCCUAAAUGUUAGCUUGAUAUAAACAUCUUCCCAUGUCAUGCAUGUCACGAGCUCGGUGCGCUGGAAAUCUCAAGCAGCUCAACGUUAAUCACUGUAAUUUGCAAUGUGAAACAAAAUGCACGUACUAGUAAUUAGGGCCUAUAAGGAAUCUAUUAAGUAUUAUAAUGUAUUGUAGGCCUAGGCCCGUAAGGUAGGCCUAAAAAGCCGUGUAAAUAUAAAUUUGAUGCAACUUUGACCAUGUUG